CACACACACACACACACACACACACACACACACACACACACAUACACACACGCACGCGCGCACUCGCGGGGCGGGGAAGCCUGGAUCUGCUAGGAGAGCGGAGCGGCGUCGGUCACUCCCAGGACUUCGCUCCGUUCCCGGGCUCUCCUUGGGCUCCGGCUCCCGAGGGCGGCGCGCCCUGAGGCACGCAGGCGGCUCCCAGGCUUGCUCCAACCCACCGUCCCUCCCCUCUGGGGACAGGAUGAGGGGGCUCGUUCCGCUGACAGCUCGCCAGCGUUUCUGAAACCGGAGGACAGAGGGGAGAGCCGCACACCCUUUCUCCUGCCGCCGGGACCGGAGCAGAGAAGGAGCCAUGAAGCCCGCUCCGUGGAGGAUCCUCCUUUCGCUGCUGCUGUGGCUUCUGCUGGAGUGUACAGAGGCCAAAAAGCAUUGCUGGUAUUUUGAAGGAAUAUAUCCGACAUAUUAUAUAUGCCGCUCCUAUGAAGACUGCUGUGGGUCAAGAUGCUGCGUGCGGGCUCUGUCCAUACAGAGGCUCUGGUAUUUUUGGUUUCUUCUGAUGAUGGGCGUUCUCUUCUGCUGUGGAGCUGGUUUCUUCAUUCGCAGGAGGAUGUACCCUCCACCACUAGUCGAAGAACCAACAUUUAAUGUAUCCUACACCAGGCAGCCCGCUAACCCAACAGCAGGAGCUCAGCAACCAGGCAUGCCGUAUUACACUGACCCUGGAGGAGCUGUGAUGAACCCAAUGGCGAUGGCUUUCCAUGUCCAGCCCAACUCACCCCAGGGCACCCCAGUUUAUCCGCCCCCACCCUCCUACUGCAAUACGCCACCUCCCCCCUAUGAACAGGUGGUGAAGUCCUCCAAGUAGUGGUGAUGGAAAGUC